AUGGGAACAUCGAUCUUGUCGUGCUUCAACAAGAGCUUAGAGAACUGGCGUUCUUUGCAGAAGUUGACCUGUGCCGCAGGCGGUACGGAAGCCAACCUAAAGGCUCAGAUGCUGGAAGUGCAGAAGCUGGAGUGCGUCAAUGAGGUCAUGAAGGCCAACGCUAUGCCAGCGUGGGCCGCGGGAAGCUCUGCCUGCAGCAAGAAGAAGUUCAAUGCGUCUUCCAUGGUCAUUGACUUCUGCCAGAAGGGGCCACCUGCGCGUCUCCACCUAGACGACUGCGAUGUGGAUCCUUCCACAGACCCUGGCAUGCCGGGUAGUGCCCCAUAUGUCAAACUGACGUAUUCUCCGCUGCCGAAGACAGCGGCUGCCAAAGCUUGCGACUCCAUGUGCUGCUUGGAGCAGGUCCAAUGCCCGGAGAACUCAGACGGAAUCAGCACCGUCCUGGGCUGCGUAUGCAACAAGGGAUUUCAUGGGAAGAUCGUGGCCUUGGCUGACCCACCUUACAGCAAGGGGACAUGUGAGCCCGUGCCUUGUCCGGCAAACUCUAUGGGCGAGAGUGUCGGGAAGGGCUGCAAGUGCAACGCAGGCUUCCAUGGAACCAUCGUACCCACAAGAGAGGCACCCUACUUCCGCGGGAGCUGCGCAAAGGUUGCAUGCCCGGAGGAUUCCGUCGGGGAAUAUGUGCCAGAUGGGUGCAAAUGCUCUGCUGGACGUGAUGGUGAGAUUUCAGCCUUGGACCGGCCUCCGUACUACUCUGACACCUGUGGGGCAGUCAGUUGCCCAUCUAGCAGUGUUGGCAAGGAUGUGGUGCAAGGCUGCGAGUGUUUGGCCGGGUUCAAUGGUACCAUCAAGCCCAAGCUGGGCGAGCCUUUCUUCACAGGCAGCUGCCAGCAUGUCCCCUGCCCACCUGAAGCAGACGGUGAUAGCGUUGAUGUGGGUUGCCGCUGCAAAGCUGGCUACACGGGCCAGGUUUCGGCUAUGAAAGCAUCACCUUUCUAUGCAAGCACCUGCACGGAGGUGGAGUGUCCUGCAGGUACCACAGGCAAGUCUGUGUUGGAUGGCUGCACCUGCAAUGCAGGUUCCACUGGCGACAUAGUAGCAUCCUUGAACUCGCCUUACUACGAAGGGUCUUGCAAAGCUGUGGCAUGCCCAUCAGGGACUGUUGGGUACAACCUGCUCAAGGGCUGUCAAUGCCCAAAAGGACACCAGGGCACAGUGAAGGCCACGGCAAAGUAUCCUUUCUUCGAGUCGACGUGUGAGGCUAUUCCAUGCCCACCCCAGGCCUAUGGCAAGAAUGUGGCAGAGGGCUGCACUUGCAAGAAGGGAUACUCUGGCACUGUGAGUGCCACGGAUGCAUUCCCCUUCUUUGUUUCAAGCUGCUCGCCGGUGCCUUGCCCGGCGAAUUCAGCGGGUGCUUCUGUACCGGAUGGCUGCCAAUGCAAGGCCGGCUUCGAAGGUGCCAUAGUAGAAAGUGCAACAGCACCGUACUUCAAUGGCACAUGCAAGGCAGUGCCAUGCCCGGCAGACUCAUUCGGAACUAGCGUGCCUGAUGGAUGUACCUGCGAGCCUGGAAUGGUGGGAGAGGUUUGGGCCACCUCCAGGGCCCCUUUCUACAAGAAUACUUGCAAGUCGCUUGCCUGCCCUCCACAUUCCAAGGGCCCGUCGGUGCCCGAAGGUUGUACGUGCGAGGCAGGCUACAGUGGCGAGGUCAAGGAGAUUGUCGGCGGUGUGAACAGCAGCUGCCGUGCAGUUGCUUGCCCCGAGAAUUCUGAGGGAUCGCUGGUGGCCACUGGAUGCACUUGCAAGGCUGGCUUUGAGGGCACCAUCAAGCCUUCCACCACAGCGCCCUUCUACUCCGGAAGUUGUGCAGCAGUGAAAUGCCCGGAGUUCUCGAACGGCACGAGUGUCGCUGCAGGAUGCGUCUGCAAUGCCGGCUACAGCGGCCGCAUCACGGCCUUGAAGUCUGCGCCUUUCUUUGAGGGCGUUUGCACUGCAGAAGGUUGCCCGGAAAAUGCAGAGGGAGAUGACCUUGCCAGUGGUUGCACGUGCAAGGCAGGCUAUACAGGAUCGGUGGAGGCCACCAAGCAAGCACCCUUUUUCAAAGGAAGUUGUACGGCGGUCGGCUGUCCUGCAAACAGCACUGGCGAUGAUGUGCCCACCGGUUGUUCCUGCCUCCCAGGUUUUGAAGGAACAGUAGAGCCCAGCUCAAAGCCACCGUUUUACGUCAGCACCUGCAAGCUUGUGCAGUGCCCAGCCAACAGCAAGACCACCAACACCCAUGCCUUUGGCUGCAAGUGCCUGGCAGGGUACAGUGGUGACAUCUCGCCCACAAGCACGGCACCCUUUUACAGUGGAGAGUGCAAACCGGUGGCUUGCCCAACUCACUCUUCUGGCACCAGUGUUACUGCAGGGUGCUCCUGCGAUGCCGGUUUCAAGGGUGCAGUUGUGGCCACCCAGCAGAGUCCGUGGUACAUGAGUACUUGCGAGGAUAUCGCUUGUCCUAAAGGAUCAGAGGGACGAUCUCUCAGCUCUGGAUGCAUUUGCCCUCCUGGACAGAGCGGCACCAUUGAGGCAACGACGCAGAAGCCCUACUACAAAAGCAGUUGCAAACCUGUCGCCUGCCCCAUCAACUCGGAAGGCAGCAGCGUUGUUGACGGAUGCUCAUGCAAGCCUGGCUUUGCAGGGUCUGUUGCUGCUUCCUCCACUGACCCUUUCUUCCAGAGCAACUGCCUAGCUGUGCAGUGUCCAGCAAACUCCGUAGGCAAGGACGUGCCCAGUGGCUGCGCAUGCAAGCCAGGCUACAAGGGAGAGAUAGUAGCCAUUUCAGAAGCUCCUUACUAUACGGGCGCUUGUGUGGCAGUAGCCUGUCCAGCAAAUUCGACUGGAGCCGGAGUACCUGGUGGCUGUGUCUGUGCGGCUGGCUUUAGUGGCUCCAUUGUUGCGACUUCGCAGUCACCUUUCUAUAGAGGAAGUUGCGCUGCACAGGCGUGCCCUGCCAAGUCCAGUGGAAAGGAUGUUCCCAGCGGCUGCAAAUGCUUGCCUGGCCACAAUGGUGCCAUCACUGCAGAUUUGAAGGCGCCCUACUUCAAAGGCUCCUGCUGGCCAGUUGCCUGCCCAGCAAAUUCUGAUGGCACUGAUGUACCAAGCAAGUGCACCUGCAGGGCAGGCUUUACAGGCAAAAUUGAGGCUGCUCCUCUUGAGCCUUUCUACAGUGGCAGCUGUCAAAGUGUCGCUUGUCCACAACACUCCACUGGAAACAGCCUUAGUGAGGGAUGCAUGUGUGACGCUGGCUACAGCGGAACUAUCAAGGCGACGUCUGCCCAUCCCUUCUUCUCAGGCAGCUGCAAGCCUGUUUCAUGUCCAGCAGGCUCAACGGGAGCAGAUGUUCCCAGCGGCUGCUCCUGCAAAGCUGGCUACAGUGGCAGCAUUGACGCUUCCAGAGAUUCCCCAUUCUUUGAUGGCACCUGUGUGGCUGUGGAAUGCCCGGAUAAUUCAGAGGGCCGUUCAGUACCCGAGGGCUGCGUGUGCAAGGCCGGCUUCAGUGGAAAUAUCUCCAAGUCGACAGAUGCUCCAUACUUUGAGGGCAGCUGUGUGCCGGUGAGUUGCCCAGCCAACUCGGCAGGAGUAGAUGUUACAUCCGGUUGCACUUGCAAUGAGGGCUACAGUGGAUCUGUUGUGGCAACUAGCACAGCGCCAUUUUACAAAAGCACUUGCGAGCCUGUGGCAUGCCCAGCAAAUUCCAUUGGGAAGGAUGUCCCAAGUGGCUGCUCCUGCAAGGCGGGCUAUACAGGCAGUGUUCUGCCCAGCGCAGAUGCGCCGUUUUACCUCAGCAGUUGCGAGCCCGUUGCCUGCCCCCAAGAUUCAACUGGCAAUAGCGUGCCCGAGGGUUGCACAUGCAAAGCUGGCUUCUCCGGCAAGAUUUCUGCCAAAGCAGAUGCGCCAUACUUUGAUGGCUCUUGCCAGCCAGUGGCCUGUCCUGCCAACUCCAAAGGCGUGGACAUUCCCUCAGGCUGCAGAUGUGAGGACGGCUUUAGGGGCAAAAUUGUGGCUUCCACAAAGGCGCCUUUCUUCUACACUGGAUCUUGUGAGACUGUUGCUUGCCCAGCAAACUCCAAGGGCAAGAGUGUUGCCGACGGCUGCACAUGCAAGGAAGGAUUUAGUGGGUCUGUGACUGCUCUGUCGUCCACGCCCUUUUACCUCAAUGAUUGUCAGCCAGUUGCAUGCCCAGCAAACUCUUUUGGCAAAAGCGUACCACAGGGCUGCUCAUGUAAUGCUGGCUUCACAGGCAGCGUUACUCCCACCAGCGAUGCCCCGUUCUAUCUGAACUCAUGCAAGGAGGUGCCCUGCCCAGCUGACUCGAUGGGUCAGGGCAUUGCCAGCGGCUGCAAAUGCCAUCCUGGCUUCAGUGGCACAAUUCAGGCCAGCACCAAAGAUCCCUUCUACACGGGGAGCUGCGUCGCUGAAGCCUGCCCUGAAAACUCGGACGGCUUAGACCUGAGCAGCGGCUGCAAGUGCAACGCGGGCUACAGUGGCAAGAUCACGGCCACUCAGGUGGCGCCCUACUUCUGUGGCACCUGCGAGCCUGUUGCCUGUCCAGACCUAUCCGCUGGGCCUGAUGUGCCCACAGGUUGCUCAUGUAAGGAUGGCGUAGGCUCAGUGACUCCCUCCAGCCAAGCGCCUUUCUAUGUAAGCACCUGCGGUGCUACUGCCUGA